CUAUUUAUUACCCCAUUUUCUCUCUUAAUUCUCAACACCCUAAAAAACAAACAUUAUUUUUUAGAGACCAAAAAAAAAGAAAUGGAAGGAAUAGAACACAGAACAGUUCAAGUAAAUGGCAUAAAAAUGCACAUAGCAGAGAAAGGAGAAGGUGAAGUAGUCUUAUUACUACAUGGUUUCCCAGAAUUAUGGUACACUUGGAGGCACCAAAUAAGUGCCUUAGCUUCUAAGGGAUACCAUGCAAUAGCCCCAGAUUUAAGGGGGUAUGGUGACACUGAAUCACCAGCUUGUAGGUCAAGUUACAGUUGUUUUCAUUUAGUGGGUGAUAUUAUUGGGCUUCUUGAUUUGAUAAAUGUGGGUCAAGUAUUUUUGGUGGCCCAUGAUAUGGGGGCUUUAGUGGGCUGGUAUCUUUGCAUGUUUCGGCCUGAUCGGGUCAAGGCUUUUGUCUCACUUUCUGUCCCUUUUAAGCCCAGGAAUCCUAAGCUCAAACCUGUUCAGACUCUCAGAGCUUUUUCUGGUGAUGAUUAUUAUAUUUGCAGAUUUCAGGAACCUGGAGAUAUAGAAGCAGAAAUAGCAGAAAAUGGGGUGAAACAUGUGCUGAAGAAAAUUCUGACAUCAAGAGAUCCAGGGGCACCUAAGCUACCUAAAGGAAAAGCAUUUGAGGUGUCCCCUCAUACUUCUUUAACCUUACCUACAUGGUUCUCUGAAGAAGAUCUCAACUACUAUACUUCCAAAUACGAACGCAGCGGCUUCACUGGACCCCUGAACCACUACCGCAAUUUAGACUGGAACUGGGAGUUGACAGCGCCAUGGCAAGGCAUGGAGUUGAAAGUACCAGCAAAACUCGUGAUGGGUGAUCUCGACAUGGUAUACAAUAUGAUUGGAGUAAAGGAAUACGUGCACCAAGGUGGCUUUAAGAAAGACGUUCCAUUGCUUGAAGAUGUAGUGGUUAUGGAAGGAGUUGGGCACUUCAUUAACCAAGAGAAAGCUGAGGAUGUCAACCAACAUAUUGUUGAUUUCUUUAGCAAGUUUUAGGUUUAAAAAUUGCUUUAUUUUGUAUGAAUAUUUUGUUACAUACAGGUUCUGAACCGGUGUUUGAAAGGGUUAUGGUUCUUCUGAACUCUUGUUAUCUUAACUUGUUACUUAAGGUAUGAUGAAUAAUGGUGUAUCAUGUAUGCGUAGAAUUUUGAUCAA